AUGGCUCCAACACAUGCCGCUGCUAUUCUCCCUCAGAAAGGCGGUCCAUUUAUAGUCGAGGACCGCAACACCCCAGAGCCUGGCCCGAAUGAGCUCCUCAUCGAAGUCAAGGCUGUGGCCCUAAAUCCCGUCGACUAUUACCAACGAGACGUCGGUCUCCCUCCUAUACCCAGUUAUCCCACUGUUAUCGGAUCCGAUGUGGCUGGUGUUGUCGCCAAGGCGGGCCCUGGAGUGUCAACCGGCCUUGCCCUAGCCACCCGAGUCAUCGCUUUUGCCUCUGGUUUCUACCACAAUGGCUCACCGGAUUACGGUUCCUUUCAGAAAUAUGUCUUGGCUCAGCCAGAGGGCGUUGUUGUACUCCCUGACCAUCUUUCGUUUGAACAAGGUGCUGUUUUCCCCUUGGCUGUUCUGACUGCCUUGACAGCAUGGACCACAAUCGGCAUCUCGCUCGACACUCAGUAUACGCCGCAGGAUAAGCAGGCAGUACUGAUCUGGGGUGGUGCGAGUAGUGUGGGCACUUUUGCUGUUCAAUCAGCUAAAUUGCUGGGCUUUACUGUCUAUGUGACUGCCAGCUCUCAAAACCACGAAUACAUGAAGCAGCUCGGGGCGCACGCUGUCUUCGACUACAAGGAUGGUGAUGUUGUCUCUCAGAUAGUUUACCAGGCUCAGAAAGAUGGCGUCAAGCUCAACACAGCACAUUGCGUCGUCAAGGAAAGCUUGCAGCCAACGCUAGACGUACUCAAGGAGACCAAAGGCAGUGCACCAGCUAUGGUUGCACAUUCGCCUGUCCUGCCGCAAGAUCAUCCGACCCUGGACAAUACUACAGUCCUGUUCAACUGCCCGUCGGCGGAUAAGGCUGCCAGGGACAAGCAUAUUGACCAAUGCUUCAAUGGAUGGCUUGGAAAAGGUCUCCGGUCAAAUACAGUUGUUCCCAGCCCGUUUAUUCAGGUUGAGGCGGGUGGUCUAGAGGGUUUAAAUUCUGCGCUGGAUAAAUUAAAGGCUGGGGUUAGUAGCACAAAGAUUGUAGUCUCUAUAUAA